AUGGACGGCAUCACUGCCCCUGUCUGCAAAGCUGGAGCUGCCAAGUUUGUUAAGAGAGAUUUCCUGGAGGCUCUAAAAACAAAUGACUUUGAAAAACUGAAGGAUAUUUUAAUGGAGAGGCGAAUAGAUGUGGAUACAGUGUUCGAAGUUGAAGAUGAAAACAUGAUUUUGGCAUCUUACAAACAAGGCUACUGGUUGCCCAGUUAUAAGCUGAAGUCUUCCUGGGCAACCGGCCUCCACCUCUCGGUUUUGCUUGGUCAUGUGGAGUGCCUGAUGGUGCUGCUGGACCACAACGCGACCAUCAACUGUCGGCCCAACGGGAAGACCCCUCUGCAUGUGGCCUGUGAAAUAGCCAACCUGGAGUGCGUGAAGAUUCUCUGUGACCGUGGCGCGAAGCUCAACUGCUACUCCCUGAGUGGACACACUGCUUUGCACUUCUGUACCACAAAGAGCUCCAUCCUCUGUGCCAAGCAGUUGGUGUCAAGAGGUGCAAAUGUAAACAUGAAAACCAACAACCAGGAUGAGGAGACACCCCUGCACACGGCGGCCCACUUCGGCCUCUCCGAGCUGGUGGCCUUCUAUGUGGAGCAUGGGGCCAUCGUGGAUAGCAUGAAUGCCCACAUGGAGACCCCACUGGCCAUUGCCACCUACUGGGCCCUGCGCUUCAAGGAACAGGAGUACAGCAGGGAGCACCACCUCAUCUGCCGCAUGCUCCUGGACAACAACGCCGAGGUCAACGCUCGCGACGAUGACUUCAAGUCCCCCCUGCACAAGGCUGCCUGGAAUUGCGACCACGUGCUCAUGCACAUGAUGCUGGAAGCGGGAGCGGAGGCCAACCUCAUGGAUAUCAACGGCUGUGCAGCUAUCCAGUACGUGCUGAAGGUCACCUCCGUGCGCCCUGCCGCACAGCCUGAGAUCUGCUACCAGCUGCUGCUGAACCACGGGGCUGCGCGCAUCUACCCCCCACAGUUCCACAAGGUGAUCCAGGCUUGCCACUCUUGCCCCAAAGCGAUUGAAGUUGUGGUCAAUGCCUAUGAGCACAUCCGCUGGAACAUCAAGUGGAGAAGAGCCAUUCCUGAUGAUGACCUGGAGAAACACUGGGAUUUUUACCACUCUCUCUUCAAGGUGUGCUGCAACACUCCCAGGACCCUCAUGCACCUGUCGAGAUGUGCCAUUCGAAAGGCGUUAGACAACAGAUGCCACAAAGCAAUUCCUAUGCUGUCCCUCCCACCGUCCCUGAAGAAGUACUUGCUUCUGGAGCCAGAGGGAAUCAUUUAUUAA